AUUUGUACGUCAACGUAGGAGAUUCAAAGAUGUACUCCACCUCAUACGGGGCCGAGGCAUGACUCACCCAUCACGUGGUCAUUGCCACGUGGCAUCUUUCAUGAGGUAAAAGAAAAAAAAAAUUUGGUGUCGGUUGGGUUGGGAAAAAAAAGAAACGGUGGUGGUGGAGGGAAAGUAAUGGUCCCGAGUUCGAGGCCCACAGCAGAAGCGUAGAAAGGGCGCAUAAGUAAUAAUAACAUAAGGGAGACAUUACGAGGAAUUUGUAAAAUCUGCAACACCUUUCACGAAUUAGGCCCAAGGCUUUCCAUUUUCGGCAAUGGCUUGGCCUCCCCCUUUUGUUUUCCUUUCUCUUCCUCCCACUCCCCAUUUUCUCCAUCUUCCAGUUCCGAUCCAGAAAACAAAAUAUCCUCUGAACUCGAACGAGAUUGAUCCAUGGCGCGAGGGAAGAUCCAGAUCAAGAGAAUCGAAAACCCUACGAACAGGCAGGUGACCUACUCGAAGCGGCGCAACGGCCUCUUCAAGAAGGCCAACGAACUCACCGUCCUCUGCGACGCCACGGUCUCCAUUAUCAUGUUCUCCAGCACCGGAAAACUCCACGAGUACAUCAGCCCCGCCACCUCGACGAAGGAGCUGUUCGAUCAGUACCAGAAGACUUUAGGCGUCGAUCUAUGGAUCUCUCACUACGAGAGAAUGCAAGAGAAUCUCAAGAAGCUCAAGGAUGUAAAUAGAAAUCUUCGCAGGCAAAUUAGGCAGAGGAUGGGGGAAUGCAUGAACGAUUUGAGUUUUGAGGAGCUGCGCUGUCUCGAGCAAGAUAUGGACAACGCUGUGAGGAUCAUCCGUGAACGCAAGUAUCGAGUGAUAUCAAACCAGAUUGAAACGCACAAGAAAAAGUUAAAAAGUGUAGGAGAAAUACACAAGAGUCUUCUCCAGGAGUUUGAUAUUGCAACAGAGGAAGAUCCACAUUAUGGUUUGGUAGACAAUGGAGGAGUAGGAGGAGAUUAUGAUUCUAUUAUGGGCUUCUCUGGCGGCGGUCCUCGCAUAUUUGCCCUGCGUUUACAGCCAAACCACCCCAAUAUUCACCACGCGCCGCCUCCAGAUCUCACAACCUAUCCACUGCUCGAGUAAAAACAAACAAAACUGCAGUUUUUACGGCAGCCCUGCAUUUAAUUUGCUUUUAUUUUGCUCUUCUAAGACACACACUUUGCUUUGCUUCACUUGAUUUUUUCUUUUUUACCGUCUGGUAUUUUUAACUAGUGACUGCCACACCCAUAAAAUCAUAGCCCAUAUCAUAUGUCAACUAUCCUACGUGUGUUUUCCCUUCUUUUUUUUUCUGGAUUCAGUGUCAAGUGAGACGACCUUUUAAUUUGUUCAUUGAAGAAGGAGAUUGAAUGGUUUUUGUUGAA